GAACCAUGGCAUCGUUUAGUUAUCAACUCCAACACCUACCGAAAAUGGAGUCCGAAAAUAAGAGUUUCCAACUGUGGCGGGACUACAUGAAGCUAGCGGACGCAGUGCGGGAGAUGAAGAAAGGGAACUUCACAUCAGAACCGUCAACCGUUGACGGUCAUCACUCCAGUAUAUGCUCGACCAUGGUGGAAUUUGAACAGUUCCCGUCGCGAGCCUUGCUGUCACCGAUAGCACCGGUGGCGACACCACCUCUAAGGCACGAAAAGGAACCCCUGGAUUCCAAAAUUGGCCCCUUGCGUAAAGACGCUCCUUUACAUCCGAGCAGCAGCGAGGGUCCCACGACUCCUACAGCAGCGUCCAGACCCUCCGUGGGGACCCGGGUCCAGAGGGAGAGAAAGAAGGCGACCCGCUCCAAGAUACCGGAGGGAGUGCCAUCACCUGAGUGCCAGUCCUGCAGCUUCUGCAAACACAACGGGGAGUCUGAGUCUGUGUUUGGGUCCCACAGUCUAAAGGACCAGGAUGGGGGCGUGGUGUGCCCGUACCUGCGGCAGUAUGUCUGUCCUCUAUGCGGGGCCACCGGGGCCCAAGCCCACACCAAGCGCUUCUGUCCCCGGGUCGAAACCACCUACAACUCUGUCUAUGUCAAGUGAUAGAAGCGCUAACUCUGGUCCAGGCCGUUACUGCGCUACCCUCUAGACCUACUAACAUAGUCAACUUGUUGUUGCGAGAUGGGUGGGACCAGAGCUAGAGAAGCGCUGGAGAGACUUCAGGCUGUUGUUUUGCAGACUUUCUUUAGCGUCUCUAGCACUGUAUGCGGACAAUUGUAAGAGGAUUUAGGUGUGGAUAUUUAGUUUAGAAGUCUUUUGGAAUAGCCUGACUAGUCUGUAGACUGUGUCAUAGCCUGACUAGUCUGUAGACUGUGUCUGUUUAUCGUGUGAUUUGAUUUAUUUAUUUACUUUUUCUCGUGUGUUUUCAACUUUUUUCACUUAUUUCAAUGUAUUUAUGACGUGUGGGUUUUCAUUAUUUGCAUGCCCGUGCACUUGUUCUUUUCAACACAUGUUGGGUUUGAGUUUUCUGUUUUCACUUUAAAGUGUAAAUGUCUCUGUCUGUCUGUCUGACCAAACUAACUGCGUAUUUAUAUGUUGCUGUGAGAUUUUGUAAAACCUCCCAACCUC